AUGUUCACAUUAAUUUCGGUAUGUUUGCACAAAGCAAUCGAAAAUGCGUCAGCUGGUCUUAACGGCCCCGCCGGAUACGAGCCAAGCUGCUGCGGCGUGGCCAGUAUGACCAGUACAUGCAGAAAUGAGGAGUGGGGCCUGACUGUUGGAAGACUCACAGUGUCUCGAAUCAUCGAAUGUGUGGGUCUUGAAAAAAAAAAAAAAAAAAAAAAAAAAAACAACAACGGGAGCGCGAAACUGUGCCGAGAGAAAGUUCAACAGUUGCCCAAAAGAGGCCUCAAGUUCAACUUCCAGGCCCAUAUCAGUCAUUUUGCAUCAUGCUAUACCCAAACAUUAUGCGAUUUAAAGCCCGAUAUGUCACCAUUUGGCCGCCCGCAAUCUGCCUAG